CCGUUUCAUUUGCAUACAGAUACCGGCUUCCGGUUGAAUUCAUCGGAAGCAUGGCUGCCAUUGGAGUGCACUUUGGAUACACAUGUGCCUGUGUCGCUGUAUUUAAGGAUGGACGAGCAGAUGUUGUAGCCAAUGAUGCAGGAGACAGAGUCACUCCAGCUGUGGUGGCCUACAGAGACACUGAACAGAUAGUGGGAAUCGCUGCAAAGCAGGGCAGAAUACGAAAUGCUGCCAACACCGUUGUUAAAGUGAAGCAGAUCCUGGGUAGACGCUAUGAUGACCCAGAUGCACAAGCACACAAAGAGGAAAGCAAAUGUGUUGUUGUCAACAAGAGUGACCUUCCCAGAUAUGAAAUCGACACUGGAGAGACGACCAAAUAUGUGUCACCUGAAGACGUCGCGAAAUUGAUCUUCCAUAAAAUGAAAGAAACGGCCCAGUCAGCCUUGGGUUCGGAUGUGAAAGAUGCUGUCAUAACUGUGCCUUUUGAGUUUGACGAGAUGCAGAAAAGUGCACUCAGGCAAGCUGCAGAAAGCUCCGGCUUCAAUGUGUUACGGCUGAUUCACGAACCCUCCGCUGCUCUUCUAGCUUACGACAUCGGCCAGGACUCACCACUGGGGAAAAGUCAUGUUCUGGUGUAUAAACUGGGAGGCACAUCGCUCAGCGUCACCGUGCUGGAGGUGAACAGCGGGGUUUACCGUGUUCUCGCCACACAGACAGACCACCAGACUGGUGGAGAAAGCUUCACACAGGAGCUCGCUCAACACCUCGCCGCAGAGUUCAAGAAGACUUUUAAGCAGGAUGUGAGUGGUAACCCGCGAGCGAUGAUGAAGCUGAUGAACAGCGCUGAUGUGGCUAAACACACUCUCUCCACGCUAGGCAGCGCAAACUGCUUCGUGGACUCGCUUUACGAUGGCAUGGAUUUUGAGUGCAAUGUGUCCAGAGCCCGUUUUGAGCUCAUCUGCUCCAGCCUGUUUAAUAAAUGCAUCCAGCCAAUUAAAAGUCUCCUGGAGCAAGUCAGCCUGUCCACCUCUGAUGUCAACAAGGUGGUUUUAUGUGGAGGAUCAGCUCGUAUCCCGAAGCUGCAGCAGAUGAUCCGGGAUUUGUUCCCAGACGUGGAGCUGCUGAACUCCAUCCCGCCUGAUGAGGUGAUUCCGGUCGGCGCUGCCAUGCAGGCAGGAAUCCUGGUGGGAAAAGACAGUCUGGCUUUGGGAGAAGACUCCAUCACUGUGGACUGCUGUGCCAGCGACAUCACCCUUAAAGAAGUGGAUGACUCUGGACUGGAGGUUUUCACUGUUUUGUUUCCGUCUGGCACUCCUCUGCCCGCCCGCCGCCAGCACACGCUGCAGGGUCCUGGCAGUCUGUCGUCAGUGCGGCUCCAGCUCUUCCAGGCACAGCAGCCAAUCGCACAGAUUGUACUUGGAGACCUGGAACCGAAAGAAGAGCUGCAUGAUAUCGUCACAGUGCUGACUAUGAAGAGGGAUGGUUCACUUCAUGUAACGUGCACAGAGCAAGGCAGUGGCAGAUCUGAGGCUAUCACCAUUGAAACAGCUGCAGCAGCAUCUUAACCUUCAAUCAGGACAACAUUAUACCAUACAGUAAACACCUGCAUCUCACGCUGUUUGAGGGUUCACCUUUAACUCAAGCACACAUGCUCAUGUGUUAUAAACUUAUUUAUACUCGUGUUGAUCCAAAUCUGUGAACGCAAUGAAGAUUCAGCUUUUGCAUUUACACUGACCAAAAAAUUUGGAGCAGAUCCUUUUGUUUUUUCCCAUUUCAGAACAUAAAAAUUGAGCAUGUGAGUAAAUAUCGGCAGUAUUUCUCCUAUAUUAACCAGUUUAAUUUGUAUACUCGCACAUUUUUUUACUAGCAGUCGUCAUGUUCUCUUGUUUGUGAUCUGUUGGUUUAUAUUAGAUGAUUCUUCUAAUGUGCCUUCAUUACAGUAGUCGUGUGUUAAUGGCACAGGCCAAAUCAUUGGAGGAGUUAAGGAAGUCUGUAGUUUACUGGUGCCAGUGAAAGCAUGCACAAUAUUGUUGGAGUGAUGUAGAGAUGGAGAACCAGCUGCUGGUGGUUUUGUGUGUGCUUCCUGAUCUGGGUGCAGUCACAUUGAGCAGGUGCAGAAUUGACAGUGUUUGUCAUCGGUAACUGCAGUUGCACGCAAUAAAGAUCACAGAACAUAAACCACA